AAGUAACCAAAACUUCUCUUUGGACGUAGCUAACACCUUAUUACCAGUCCCAUUCUAGAGCUGGCCAACUACCAUGUGCUUGGCCGAAUACUCUACUAUGUCCCAUACUACUCCCCUCUCCAUCCUGGCCGUACGCUUACCACUUUCGGCGCAAUAUCCAGCAUUGUUGAAAUCCUGAAUGGCAUCGGCGUCUCUUGGCUAGCGAACCCUAAUGUGCUCGAGAUCUAUGCCGACGUCGGACAUAUCCUUAUGAAGGCAUCGCUGAUCUUGCAGGUUGGUGUCAUCCUCCUCUUCUGCAUAAUUGCUGGUGUUUUCCACAGACGGUGUAUCAAGGGUGGCAUCAAGUCAAGAAAAGUACAAGGCCCUCUCAUCACACUGUACAUCAGUAUGAGCCUCAUCCUUGUCCGCACAAUCUACCGCAUCGUCGAACAUUUCGGCAUCAGCCGGGCACCAGCAAAUCCAUCAAAAGACUGGGAUCCAAUGAGUCUCUCGCCAAUCGUUCGAUACGAAUGGUUCUUCUGGGUUUUCGACGCAAGCUUCAUGCUCGUAAACACCGUGCUGUGGAACUAUCGCCAUCCGCGUCGUUACCUACCGGAGGACUACCACAUCUACCUGGCUCAAAAUGGACAAACCGAGCUGCAAGGCCCAGGCUGGAAGGACGACAUGCCGUGGUUCAUGACUUUCAUCGAUCCGUGUGGGCUUACUGCGUCCAUAACUGGUGGUGGUAGAAGGAAAGAGAGGCCAUUCUGGGAGAAUAACGGCUAUGAAGCUUUCGAGCUCGUUCAAAGAGAUAAUGAUGAUGUAAGAAUAAAAGUGUGAAAGGAUCGAUCUAUUUUGGUGGGCGAUUUGCAGGAGAUUCGUGGCUUUCGGUUUCCUUGUCAAUUGAUCGAUUGCGAGCUGCAACCUUGGAAGUAUGCGGCAUCAAGGUACCGGUGCGGAUUCCGAGUACACGGAGCUAGACGGGGCGUAGAUCAGAGAGGGCGUCAAUUGCAGGUUGCAGGCGCAAGUAACAGGGCGCAGCGUAGUGAGAGCUGUCACCGUUUUGAGAGG